AACUGUUGCAAGUCCUGGGUCAAAAUGUGAGUGAUACAGUAUGCAGCAAUACUGCCUUUACUAAGGUUUCGCAGAUGAGUAUAGUCAAUCAACUUAUACUACAAUGAACUGCAAACGGCAAAAUAAUGAAAGUAAUGAAUUUCAGAUUUGGGCGAAGUCAGAGAUGAGUAAGAAGGCCAAUGACAGGGAUAUGUGUGUUCUGCAAAGUUCUCCACCCUGCCCGGGAGCAUUCCUGUAUAUACUUAAUUGGGUUUUUUUGUUGCUGCUUCAGAAGGAGGCUUUUGGCUGUCCAUCUGCUUGUCAGCUCUGCACAGGGAGACAAGUUAGCUGUUGUAAUGCAGGGCUUUCGAGCAUCCCUUGGAACUUACCAAAAACGACAAUUCUUGUGUACCUCAGUGGAAAUAAUAUAUCACGUGUCACUCCAAAUGAACUAAGAGGGCUUCAGAAGCUUGCUGCACUCCACAUGGAUAACUCCAGUAUUCUGUAUGUGCACCCAAAAGCUUUUGUGGAGCUCCCCAAACUGUGCUACUUGCAUCUCAAUAACAAUAAUAUCAAACGCCUGGAUCCAGGAAUCUUUGAAGGCCUUUCCAAUCUUCAUUGUUUAUACCUUCAGAAUAAUCAAAUAGCUUUUCUUCCCAGAGGAUUAUUUAGUGAUCUUUUUUCUAUUAAAUAUUUAUCGCUUCAAAGAAAUCGUCUCAGUGUCCUUGGAAGUGGGACUUUCUUGGGUAUGAUGAGUCUCCAAACACUAAACCUAGCCAAUAAUAAGAUUUCAUGGAUAUCAGAUUCAGCAUUUCAUCAUCUUGAAAACCUUGCAUAUUUGUUUCUUGAAGGUAAUAGCUUAAAACUUGUGCCAUCGAAUGCUAUUGGAAAGCUCAAAAAUCUUGAAAGACUUUCAUUGUCUCACAAUCCUAUUGGAUCAAUACAGUCUUUUGCGUUUAAAGGACUUACUAAGCUUAGAUAUCUGUCUUUGAAAAAUGUCAGGCUAAAAUGUAUUGCUGUAAAUGGAUUUUUUGGAUUAAACAACCUUAGCCAGUUAAUCUUAAGUUAUAAUGAUUUAGAAAAUAUAAAUUCCAGCACUUUUACUGUAUUAAACAAUUUAAUGUAUCUGCAACUAGACAGAAAUAAAAUAGCCAGUAUUGGUGAUGGUACCUUUGAAAAAAUGGGACAGUCACUUAAAAUACUCAGUUUAGCUUUUAAUAAUAUUACAGAGUUACAACCUGAAGUGCUCAAGCCUUUAGUAUCUCUAACUCACUUACAGGUAAAUUCUAAUCCUUGGAACUGCAGCUGCAAAAUGCUUCGGUUACUUAAUUGGCUGGCAUUGUCUCCCGUUUCUGUAAGAAUUCAUUGUCAGAAUCCGCAGAGUAUGCGUGGUAGACCUUUGCAUUACAUUAAGGGGACUCGGUUUUCAAACUGCAUUAGUCCUACUGCCAGCCCAGAGGCUGCUUGGAGUCUGGGAUCUGUGGGUGUCCAUCACAGCGCUACCAUGUUGCUGAUGGCGUGGCAAAAAGGAAAGAGUCAGAAACUUGAGCAGUUUGUCAAUGCAGAAACUAAAUAUGUUGCUUUCUGGGAAGGAACUACAGCUACCCCUUUGCCCUAUGAAGGAGAUGCUGUUGAAAUUCCAUCACAGGCAACUACAGUAUUAUCAACAUUACCAGUGCAAAUACCAACACAGAUUAUAUCUACUAACAGAACUGUAGAAGAACAAGAUUUACUUCCGAAAGAUGUUGCUCCUGUGUCAUUAAAAACAUCCCUGAUUUGUGCACAAAAGGUUGAAAAGCUGAAUCAGGCUUUUGACAUUUUAUUAGCCUUUUUCAUUCUGGCUUGUGCUGUAAUCCUGUUCUUAACCUGUAAAAUUAUUCAGUUUAGGCAGAAACUAAAGGUGCUGGAAAAUUCAGGGGAAAAGAGAAUAGAAUAUUAUGGCUUUUAUCAGCCUGGCAGAUAUAACAUAACUGACCCAGUGCAGUCUCUAACUCAGAAGUCAGUGGUACAUUCAGAACUGGACCAAAUUAGGCUGCUCAAACGAACAGCAUCAGAAAGUCAGGCACAGGUAAUACUGUUUGAACAUUCAUCAUUGUAAUUUAUCUCAAUUUAUUUGGUGUUAACUUUACUGUGAUAUGAAAGGUCAAGAAAUCAAGAACUCGAUUUUCUAAAAAUACCUUCACUGAUUAAAAGCAACUGCUUGAUAUGAUUGUGGAAAAUGGCACAAUUUGAGUUCUGCAUUUUUUUUUUGCUUCCUGAAUGUUUUGAAGUUUAUUAUUUUAUUAUGUGUCAUUUAAAUCUGACACAGAUAUGUUUAUUAUCCUCUGUCCCUGUUUUUAGGAAUCUUUCACCUAAAGGUGAAGUAUACAUGCAGUAUAAAGUACAUUUUUAUUUAAUUUAAUUUGCAAUACUUAGUAUGUUCCUACAGAAAUUCCAUAGCUAACUUAAAGCUUGAAGCAAACAAAACAUCACUUCUUAGUAGGAUCACAAAUCUAAAGAGUCUUGGGGAAUGAGAAAAUAAACAGUGCUUUUUGUAUUUAAUGCAGUUUUUACCCUGCCUCCUAUUAAUAAGCACAGUAGGAAAAAAAGUGAGCAUAUUUACUGCUGGAAUGUUCCAACUCUUGAGGAAGAGAAUAAUUUAAAACUAGACAAAUUUUAUUAAUACCUAUAACAUAUUUUAACAUACAAAGUUGUGUAUUCAGUCUGUGUAAUAAAUAUAUUAAAGUGACUUUUUUAUUAGUGUGUAUCUGUAUUAUUUUAUUAAAUACCCCAAUCUGGAGUUAAGGGAACCCAAAUUUCUGUUGAAUUGAAAAAUUGAACAAGUUUGUUAGGUCUAAGGUAAUAGAGCUGGUUAAUUACUUUCAAUAAAAGAUACUUUGUCAUCUAUGUAGUAAUAGUUUGAGGGACUUUUUGGCUAGAUAAAAGGUACAAAUUAAAGAAAUAUGCUACACUGUAAAUACAUGAUGCUAAAUUAAUUGCUAAUUUAUUUACAGUUUUGAAAGUGUCAGGUCAAAAUACAUGUUCCUAG